AGCAAAUGAUUGAAAAGUGUUAAUGCUAAAAUAUUUAUUUUACAGGGCCAUUGGAAUGGACUGAGCCAGGAUGUACUUCGAUCAUUGUCAAAGCGCAAUUAUGCGUCUGAAGCUAUUAAGGGUGCUGUUAUUGGAAUUGAUCUGGGGACAACCAAUUCCUGUGUUGCAGUAAUGGAGGGCAAACAAGCCAAGGUUCUUGAAAAUUCAGAAGGUGCCAGAACAACUCCCUCAGUAGUUGCUUUUACAGCUGAUGGUGAACGUUUGGUUGGGAUGCCAGCUAAAAGGCAAUCUGUAACCAAUCCGAAAAACACUUUAUAUGCCACAAAGCGAUUAAUUGGGAGGCGUUUUGAUGACCCUGAAGUACAGAAAGAUUUGAAAAAUGUGCCAUAUAAAAUUGUGCGUGCCUCUAAUGGUGAUGCUUGGGUGGAAGCUCAUGGGAAGAUGUACUCUCCAAGCCAAGUUGGAGCAUUUGUCCUCAUGAAGAUGAAGGAAACAGCAGAAAGUUAUUUGGGACAAACAGCAAAGAAUGCUGUUAUUACAGUGCCUGCGUAUUUCAAUGACUCUCAAAGACAGGCUACAAAAGAUGCUGGACAGAUCUCUGGGUUAAACGUUCUGCGAGUCAUCAAUGAACCCACAGCAGCUGCUCUAGCGUAUGGAUUAGAUAAAUCAGAAGACAAAGUCAUUGCUGUCUAUGAUCUGGGUGGUGGCACCUUUGAUAUUUCUGUGCUGGAAAUUCAGAAAGGAGUUUUUGAAGUAAAAUCCACAAAUGGCGAUACCUUCUUGGGAGGUGAGGACUUUGACCAGGCCUUACUCAAGCACAUCAUUAAGGAAUUCAAGAGAGAGUCUGGAGUAGAUCUUACCAAGGACAACAUGGCGCUACAGCGAGUGAGAGAAGCUGCUGAGAAAGCCAAGUGUGAGCUGUCUUCAUCCCUUCAGACUGACAUUAACCUUCCUUACUUAACAAUGGAUGCUUCUGGGCCAAAACAUCUGAAUAUGAAAAUCACUCGUGCUCAGUUUGAGAACAUAGUUGCUGAUCUCAUUAAGAGGACCAUUAAUCCCUGCCAGAAAGCCAUGCAGGAUGCAGAGGUCAGCAAAAGUGACAUUGGCGAGGUCAUCCUAGUGGGUGGAAUGACUAGAAUGCCAAAGGUCCAGGCAACUGUUCAGGAGCUAUUUGGCCGUUCCCCGAGUAAGUCAGUGAAUCCAGAUGAGGCUGUAGCUGUCGGUGCUGCUAUUCAAGGUGGAGUGCUUGCUGGCGAUGUCACAGAUGUGCUGCUUCUUGACGUUACACCGCUGUCACUAGGUAUCGAGACCCUGGGUGGUGUUUUCACCAAACUUAUUGGUCGAAAUACAACAAUUCCAACAAAGAAAGGCCAGGUCUUUUCUACGGCUGCUGAUGGACAGACGCAAGUUGAAAUCAAAGUGUUCCAAGGAGAGAGGGAGAUGGCAACUGACAACAAGCUUCUAGGACAGUUUACAUUGGUUGGACUGCCCCCAGCUCCACGUGGAGUUCCACAGAUUGAAGUUACAUUUGAUAUUGAUGCCAAUGGUAUUGUUCAUGUUUCUGCAAGGGAUAAAGGCACAGGUCGUGAACAGCAGAUUGUCAUCCAGUCUUCUGGGGGGCUGAGCAAGGAUGACAUUGAGAACAUGAUCAAAAAUGCAGAAAAGUAUGCUGAAGCAGACAGGAGGAAGAAGGAAACUGUUGAAGCAGUGAACAGUGCUGAAGGAAUUAUUCAUGACACAGAGUCCAAAAUGGAGGAGUUCAAGGAUCAGCUUCCAAAAGAGGAGUGUGACAAAUUGCGUGAUGAGGUUACAAAAUUGAAGGAACUGUUGGCUCGAAAGGAUACUGAAACUGGUGAAGCCAUCAAAGCAGCAGCGUCCAACUUACAGCAGGCAUCAUUGAAACUUUUUGAAAUGGCAUACAAGAAGAUGGCAUCUGAGCGGGAGAGUUCCGGCAGCACAGACAGUGGAGAAAGUGGAGACAAGAAAGAGGAGAAGCAAUAAAAUGCCUCAAUUAUUGUUUAAUGAACUGGGAGGGAUAUAAUAAGCUUGGGAGUGGCAGAGCAAGAAGAGAUGUUUUUCUCCUGAGCGGAUUUGCACGAUAGUCAUUCUCGUACUGUAUUUUUGCAGUAUUCUAUACAUAGUUUCUCUUUAUAAAGUAGAAAUAUUAGCAUUUGAGACUCUGUGAAAUUGUUGUCUUUCAUCGAAUGUAAUUCACCUUGUGUAAUUGCUGAUAUACAACAGAGUUAGACUUUAUAGUCGAUUAAAUAAAACUUUUGGUUUGCAGCCAAAUUUGAUUGUAAUUGCCCAUAUAUAAGUUUUGGAUUGAGUAUUUGAUCCUGAAGAGAACAUUGAAGUUCAUUUAUCUCUGAGUUCUCAUCAUAAAUUCUCUGUUCAGCUUUGUUUGAGAGAAUUUACAGAAGAUACCCACUGAUGUGAACUUUCUCUGUACUGGGUAAAUUCCUGUGUAAAGCUGAAGUUUUGGUGAUUGUGAUACUUUGAUUACGGUGCAACUGUAAAAUGGCUGCCAGCACUUAUUUUGCCACCUAAUGCUAAACUAACAGAUUUUGGCAGGCACAGGAAAAGGAAAAGGAAUCAAACUGCAUCUAUAGUCAUCACCUGAAGAUAUCAUGAUGCAGCAUGUUUUUUUUUAUUUGUUACUGGUAAUUAGAUGGACUGUUUGAAGGAUGUUUUUGGGAGACAGCUGUCGUUACAUGGAACCUGGAUCUUGAACUGAAGCCUCGACAAGUUGCAACAGCUACCUGUUUAUCGCACUGAAAUGGUAACGGUGCAGAUGUGUUCAGUUAGUUGAGUUUAUGGAUCUUGUCAGUAAGCUGCAUAUACUUCAAAUUCUUGACACAUUCUGGCAGUUAUAUUUUACUUAAAAUAUAAAUCAGAAUAAAAAUCAUGUUGAAAAUUGGAUGGGAAGGAGCACUCCUGGUUGUCUUGCCAGUUAAUGGAGUUGAAACGUUUUAAACCAAAUUUCCCCCAGUAAACAACAGUCAUGAUUUCAGCUGAGUGCUUUUUGUUUUUAAAUAAAAUUUAAGGUGAAAUGUCCAA